CCUUGGCUUCUGCCGCCGGGGGAUGCGCCCAGACUGAGAGGGGCUCGGCUCUCUUCCGCCGCUCAGCCCGUUCCCCCACCCUCAGUCCUCCUCCUCCUCCUCCCCAUCCAGCAGCAUGCAUCCCUCUCCGCGGAGACCGGCCGCUGCCACCUCCAACCCUGCCAUGCUACUGCUGCUCCUGUGCCUGGGCUGGGCGCCGCCGGGCUGGGGCUGGUCGCGGGGCAGCUCCCGGGGGGCGGCCGGGCUGCCCCCCAACGCCACCACGCCGAUCUCCAUCAUGGGCUUGAUGCCGGUCAACCAGUCCGAGGAGGAGAGCAGGAUCACCCAGGGAGUGCUACCCGCCGUGUAUCUGGCCAUGGAUCAGAUCCGCAACGAGUCCCUGCUCAACCCCUAUUCCCUGGACCUGCGGGUCUACGACACGGAGAUUCCUUGUCAUCCACAAGAAAUGCCUUGAUGGCAUUGGGACCAGCGGCAUCAACACCAGUACAACAUCCAACUCAACAUGCUGUCAAAAACCCUUCUCAUCUUCCUGCAGCUCUUGCUCCAAACACUCUUUCCCUUAUCCCCCACAACAAGAUCCUGAUGUGAGAUCACAGGACAAGACCAGGCAUCUGCGCAUCAGGUCAAGAGGAGAUGUAGGAGAGGCAUCAGGUAUGAACAACCCUCCUGCAAUGAAUCCCCCUUUUUACAACUGACAUUUUUAUGUGUCACCUUCAUCACAGACAGAUUGGCUGCCGUGACUGAACAGACUCAAAGUGUAUCUGAACUGUGCCUGAGAGGUGGUCGGAUCCACUGGGAAAACAACUCCAGGCUACAGAUCUUGUAUUUCAUUACUCUGAGUGGAGGCCAAAUGCAACAGUUGUGUGAUGGGGAGAGGGGGUGCUCCUGUCCCGCUGGCACAGAGAUGAACAGAGACUAUUGCUUCCAGAGACUGAUGUGUCACAGCGGGGCACAAGGCACAGUUGCCUUCUGCUACACAAUUUCUGCAUCACAAGUUGCUCUACUUCACAAUUGCUUGCAAUGCCCUCAUAACCAUCUACUCCCCAGGACUCUUUCACUUCUGUUGACUACUAGAUUUCCUCACUUCUUUCUUUCUUUCUUUCUCUAAAAUAAGACUUUGAGUCCAUCUGUAGGCUUGUGAACAUCAAUUUCACCCUUUUGGAAAAAAAAUCCAAGAGGCAUUGCUUGAAUAUUUUUUCUUAUUUAAUCAUAUACAGUAAUGCAACAGCAUUAACUCAGUGAAACAUAAUUUAAUAAUAACUUAUAUUCUGUAGUGGGUUUGAUCCAUUUGUCUGAAAACACUUUAAGACAUUAAUGCAUUAAAUUUAACACUGUCCCUCUUGUGAAGUAGGUAGGUAUUAUAACCUUAAUUUUACAGAUGAGAAAACAGGCACAAAGAAUUGAAAUGCCUUGCUGAAGGUCAAAUGAGAGAUUCCUGCUAGAACUAAGAAAUUGGGAAGAGGAAGGAACAAUGUGUUUCCAUUAGCACUGCAGCAAUGUAUCCAGCUCCUAGAUUUUUAUGGAAGAAAAUGUGGGCAUGUACACACAUGAACAAAUAUAUUGGUUUAUCUUUGUAUGUAUAACAAGACACUUGUAUAAAUGCCUGCAUAGUCAAUAACAUACUUUUAAAUUGAGACAAUGCAUGAGAAGGAGUAGUGGACCAAAGAUAACAUUUUGGCCAGCAAAUGUGUUCAUUUUUUCAGUAUUAUAAACUAAGCAUCUCUAGCACUAUUUUUUUUUCCUGUUUCUUUAAUACAGUUGUUGAUUU